AUGAAGAACUUUGCAUUCAUUUUACUACUGGGGCUCGCCAUUCUUGUCCGAUCCUCGACGAGCACCUUUACUUCUUCAAACGACGAACCGUCGUACGAUUAUUUCGCAAGCACCGAGUGCAAAUCAGUUCCUGAGGAACCACUCUACAAUGGUGGCAUCUUCAAGAACCGAGCAGUCGAUCAAAUCCCGAUAAACUCCUCUGUUUUUUCCCUGAAUAACCUCAAGCCCGACACAAUCUACACAUUUUCCAGUUGGGUUAAGAUAACGGGCCAAAAAUCGGCUCUGAUUCAGACGAGCUUGGUAAGUGGUAAUUUAACUUUGGUCAACUGCACGGGGACCGUUCUUGCUAGGUCCGGGUGCUGGACUUUCCUCAAGGGUGGAUUUUCUCUCGACUCGACUAUAGAACAAGCUCGUAUAUACUUUAAGAAUGAAGACGGGCUACGGAUGAAUGUGUCGAUUUCCAGUGCUUCGGUUCAGCCAUUCACCAUUCAGCAAUGGGAAAAGAACCAACAGAACAUUAUAGAUAAAGAAAGAAAACGGUCGACGACUUUACAUGUCUUGAGUGUCGACGGGAAAAGGUUGCCCGACGCCAAAGUCAUCGUUGAGCAAGUCACUCGAGACUUUCCAUUCGGGACAGCCAUUUCCGAGUUUAUUCUAAGAAAUCCGGCCUACCAAAAAUGGUUCCUCGAGCGGUUCAAUACAGCCGUGUUCGAAAAUGAGCUGAAGUGGAACUUUACCGAGUACGAGCAGGGGAAAGUCAACUACACGGUUCCCGACAAAAUGCUCGAUUUUCUCCGAACAAACCAAGUCACGGCCCGUGGCCACAACGUGCUGUGGGAGGCCGAAUACAUGGUCCCGUCAUGGGUCAAGAACCUGACGAGCCCGGAGCAGCUGAAAUCAGCCGUCAAAUCAAGAAUACAAAGCGUGAUGUCGAAAUACGAGGAUGAGUUUGUGGGCUGGGAUGUGGACAACGAGAUGCUGCCGUGGGAUUUCUACGGCCCGAGACUGGGCCCGGACGCCAGCCUGGAUUUCUACCUGGCAGCCCAGGAGGCCAGCCCACGGGCACGCCUGUUCAUGAACGAGUUCAACGUGAUGGAGACUUGCGACGCCAGGUGUGCAGUGGAUCGCUAUGUGGCGAGGCUGCGUGGCCUCGUUGCCGGUGGGGUCCGAAGCCUCGGGAUUGGGCUUCAGGCCCAUUUUACCGAGCCGAACCCAGCCCUCAUCCGGGGCACGAUAGACAAGCUGGCGAGCUUUGGUUUCCCGAUUUGGAUGACCGAAGUGGAUAUCAGCUCAGAAUUUGAUCCUCAAACACAGGCAAAAUAUUUGGAAGUGGUUUUAAGAGAAGGUUUUUCGCACCCAUCCAUAAACGGGAUAAUGCUUUGGAUGGCACUGCACCCGAACGGAGAAGGAUGCUACCGAAUGUGCCUAACGGACUACGAUUUCAACAAUCUCCCGAGCGGCGACACAGUGGACAAGCUGCUCAAAGAAUGGAAAACAGAGAAAAUCAAGGGCAAAACAGACAAGCGUGGCAACUUUAACUUCUCGGGUUUUCUUGGGGAUUAUGAGCUGAUCGUCACUUACAAAAACCGGACAUCUCGUACGAGGCUGUCCUUAGGCCGUGGUGUCGAGACCAAACACUUGAAUGUUUAUCUGUAA